CCCCCGGCGCCUUCGACAGUCGGAGGUGGUGCGGAGCGCCUCCAUCUCCGCCGAUCCCCGCGGAGCCGCCGAUCCAGGCCUAUUCUGCACGCUGUCAGGCGGCCGCUGCCCGCGGAGUCUCUCUGUAUCCUCCCGAGAAGAAAAUUGGGAAGGGUCAGAGUGGCUCUGGCCGUUGAUUUUGGCUUUGGUCUCCCUUCUACCAGGAUGCUGGUUGCAUGCGGCAUGCAGCGAUGCCACCAGGAAGCGCUGAAGAAGAACCGUGUGACGCUGGCAAAAGAGCUAGUUUUAAAAGAGCUGAUGGAGCAUAUGAUAGAGAAGGACAUCAUCACCAUGGAGAUGAUGGAAAUGAUACAGGCCAAGUCUGGGAGCUUCAGCCAGAAUACAGAAUUCCUCAAUUUGCUGCCCAAGAGAGGCCCCAAUGCCUUCUCAGCCUUCUGUGAAGCUCUGCGAGAAACCAAACAGCAGCAUCUGGAGGCAGUGAUCCUGAGGACAUUAUCCAGCCUGAGCCAUGGGAUUGUAAGGAUUGAACACUGUUACGGGUCAGACCUUCCGUUCCCUGCCAGUGAGUCGUGCCAUUCGAAGAGGCCGCGCUGGAUUGAACAACUGGAAUGUUCCUUGAAUGAUGGAGGUGAUCCCUCAGUUCCUCCAGUGAAGUACUGCACUCCUGAAUUUUAUAAGGAUCAUCAGCACUUGGCAUACAAGCUGGUAUCAGAGCCCCGAGGCCUGGCACUUAUCAUCAGCAACGUGCACUUCAGCAGCGAGAAGGAGCUGGAGUACCGCGCAGGGGGGGAUGUGGACUGUACUUCCCUGCAGGUGCUUUUCAAGCACCUUGGCUAUCAAGUGACAGUCUGUCAUGAUCAGACUGCACAGGAGAUGCAGAACACAUUGGAGAGCUUCUCUAAGCUGCCAGAUCAUCAGAGUGUGGAUUCCUGCAUUGUAGCUUUACUCUCCCAUGGUGUGGAGGGGGCUGUUUAUGGCAGUGAUGGUAAACUGCUGCAGCUGCAGGAGGCUUUCCGGCUCUUUGACAACGCAAACUGUCCAAAUCUGCAGAACAAGCCCAAGAUGUUCUUCAUCCAGGCCUGUCGGGGAGAUGAGACAGACCGGGGAGUGGAUCAGAGAGAUGGGAAGGAGUGGUCCAGUUGCCCAGGCUGCGAGCAGGCUGAUGCCAACAAGGAGGAGAACCCCAAGCUGCGGCUGCCCACCUGCUCUGACAUGAUUUGUGGAUAUGCUUGUCUGAAAGGCACAGCUGCCAUGCGGAACACGAAGCGUGGGUCCUGGUAUGUGGAGGCACUCACAGCAGUGUUUGCAGAGGACUCUCGAGACACUCACGUGGCUGACAUGUUGGUAAAGGUGAACCGGCAGAUCAAGCAGCGGGAAGGUUAUGCCCCAGGCACAGAAUUUCACCGCUGCAAGGAAAUGUCAGAAUAUUGCAGCACGCUCUGCCAGGACCUUUACCUGUUUCCUGGCUAUGUGCCAGGGAAAUAGCCCUGCCAGCUCUGUUGGAAGAGGGAUACUGCCAAAGCUGAACUCUGUGUGGAUGUCCACGGGCUGUUACAUCAGAUGUCGAAGCAGGAAUGCCUUGCAUCUGGCCAGGCCACCUCUCCGUGGCUUUCUCUAAAACAAGCUGGCACUCUCUUUGUAACCUGACACAGUUCAGUUUAAAAUCCCAAUACCCUGACUUACUCCCUAUGCAUGGGAAUUGAGGGAAAGAGGAUCACCACUGGAACUAGGAAGAAGUGGGAGGAGCCUUUGGAAGGACCUUUGUAAGUGAAGUGAACGUGAG